CUGUUCUCCCGGUCCCGUAGAGCUCGCCGUGUCUCCAGCCCUUGUGACUUUUCAUUUUUUCCAGGAUUUGCAUUCUGCCAUGUCUUCUGAGGAAGGAAAGCUCUUCGUGGGAGGGCUCAACUUCAACACCGAUGAGCAGGCACUCGAAGACCACUUCAGCAGCUUUGGGCCUAUCUCUGAGGUGGUUGUUGUCAAGGACCGGGAGACUCAAAGAUCCCGGGGUUUUGGCUUCAUCACCUUCACCAACCCAGAGCAUGCCUCCGAUGCCAUGAGAGCCAUGAAUGGAGAGUCCCUGGAUGGGCGCCAGAUCCGUGUGGACCAUGCAGGCAAAGAAUACACGAAGUCGUCACCAGCAGCUGCUAAGCAGGUGACAGACAGACCUCCAGACUGCACCACCACCACCCACUGGAUUCUGUUCCUCCAAGACCCACUGUCCAACCCAAUGCACCUGAUCAUCCUCGCUGUGGCUAGCCCUCCUCCAGAACCCCAGCAGACUACAUAG